UGGAUGACUGGCUCUGUUCAUGUUCAUUUUUGAUCAAAUAGCUUCCUUAUGCUCUUGCUAUCAACAUAUACACACGUGCUGUUGUUGAUAAGAGUGCCGAGUGGUGAUGUCUUCACUCGGCCAGCAGCAGCAGCACACUCUCUCUGCUCCAAAAGCUGUUUAGUGUUUAGUAAGAAGCUUAGGCAUGCAGGGAAAGCAUGAGUUGCCAGUCAGUGUGUGUCCAUCUCCUUACUGCCAAACAUCAAAUCCAUCAGUUUGUCUCUUUGUCAGAGCCUGAUUUUCCUUUCCCUUGCUUUCUUUUUUUCAGUAGUUCCUCUCCUGAUUUUGCUUUCUCCGGUCUGUCUUUCAGUUCCUCCAUCUCUCUGCAUGUUAGUGAUUGGGACAGAGCUGCCAUGGUUCAUAGGAUGUAAGGACAUAAUGUGUGUCUUUUAAAAGGAAGAACAGAAGCUAAAUCACACAGAAAAGAGGAAAGAAGGAUUUAUACUGACAAACUGUACCGGUGAAGAUGAAUGUUCUGGAGGCUUCAGGAGACCCAGAGGGAGAAGGCAGUGACGACUUAACAGGAAGGAAGAAGUCCAGGUUAAAGUCUAAGUCACGCCUGCUGGGGAAGAUAAGGAGGAAACAGGAUGAUAGCGGCAUGAAGCCGAGUCAGUCUGAAAGUGACAUCACACGGAGUGUGGAAGACUCAGAUUGCUCCAAAGGAAUGCUGGGAUCCCGGGCAUCUUCACAUGACAGCAUUUUUCAUGCAGAGCACAGUCAUUCGGACCCUGAACCACUAAGAAUUCUGUCUCAAGAGAACAUUCAUGGCAAAAUUCGAGCUCUGCAGAUGAAACUCCAACAGCAGAAGCUGCAUUUAGGUCCUCGCCCACUUCUGUUGCCCAUUAAACGGCGUGAAGACUUAGGUGGAAGUUCAGAAGGCGACAGCUUUUCUCAUAGCCCCUCUGAAGUAUCCCUUGGAGAAGGAAUAAACAUGAGCAUAUCGAACGAGUUUUCUAUCCCUCCCAAAAACCGUAGCACCUUGAGCUUAGCUGAAACAAAAAGUGAGGAGGAAGAACAGGCCUCUUUACAGCCUCGGCCGGUCAGCCCAGCACCUGCACCCCUUUCCCCACUUGCCCUUAGCUCAGUGGACUUCAGCACUCCUCCACAAUUCACUUCCCUCCUGGACAACUCUGCUGCCCGUCACCGUAUGUCCCUCAAACCUAAGAACCAAAGAGCCAGUGCCAAGAACAGGAGGGUGACCACUUCGGCUGGAAGCAGAGCGCGAUCUGAGAGUUUGAACAGUCUGGACCAAUCGGUGACUACUACGGAGGAAGAGACUCUCGUGAAAGAGAUACCUCGUGCUCGCUCGUAUUCCUCGCAGGUCUUACGGGGGGAGAGGCUUACGACUUCAAAAAUCAAGAGUCCAGUUCCAGUUUCACCUUUAAUGUCUCUGCAGACUUCUGGAGAUAGUAGACAAGUUUCUGCUGAACCUGAGAUUGAGAGAAACAUCCUGUCCACAUCACCUCCAAGCCCUAGGCUACGGGAAACAACUUCAGCUGCGUCACCAGUAGCCAAACCACCAAUCCCAGUGGUGCCAAUUGACAAAAAGGGAAAAGGAGAAGUGAGUGAGAUGCUCAGUAGCUCCAAACUACUCAAGAACACCCAAAGUAACAUUGUGUCAACUGUAAGCCCACCUGUAAGACCAAGUGUAACUACCACACCAGAAUUGAGUCCGGUGAACGAUAAGUCUAAUGCUGUGCUAAAUCAAACCAAGAUGGAUAAAAACAAUGUUCAGAAUGCAGUAAAUAUAGAGAAAAACCCAGCCUCUACUCAUGCUCCAACCAAUUUGAUUUGUGGAGUAAAUCUGAGACCAUCAUCUCUGAGGAGAACUAUACCUUCCACAGAUGACAAACAUGAGUCCAGGACCCUUCAGCCAGUCAGCACAGUGUCAGCUGUUAGUCACGAAGAUCACACUCAAACAGAAUCCAUAAAACGCCAAAGAACUGUGUCUGGUUCCUUCCACUUUAAUGUCCCCUCAGACAAGAGUCAAGAGCGGCCGAGGACUGCAAGCUUCACUGGAGUAGUUGGACAAGCUGGACUGAAAAAGGAACCUCCAUCUCCUGCCAAACCUCCUUUAAAUAUCAAGAUAGAGCCUCAAGUAAGUUCACAAGUCGAGAAAACAAUAAAAGGCCCAUCUGCUAACUUACCACCGAUUUCAAAGAAGGAAGACAAAACAGACAAUUCUCCAGUGAUACCAACAAAGUUCACUGAUCUAGCAAAGAGCCGUUCUCAGGCCCCGGAUGUGGAGGAGAGUCAGGACAACGAGAAGCAGGAGAUUGGGGUAGAGGCUACUGAAGAAGGAGUACAGGAGGUGGAGGUGGCAGAAGAGGCAGUUGAGGAUGUGAUGGAAGAUGUGACUGUGGGAAAAGAGAGAGAGGCUACAAAUGCAUUCGGAGUGAAGCUUCGCUCUACCUCUCUUUCGCUAAAGUUUCGCUUAGAGAAAGCUCAAUCAGAAGAUAGAGUAAAACACCACAGUGCAUCGAUUUCACCUGCGGCCUCACAAUCUGAUUCAUCCAGCUAUGUGCAACCUGAAGACCAUUCCUCCGGUUUGCCACCUAAGAAUUUCUGUAGAGACAAAGACAGAGCUGGCGUCCUCCGACAGGCUGAACCUCCUCAGCCCUCAUCAUCAGCCAGCAAAUCUACUAAGAUUGUACCUUCACCAGCUAAAGAAGGUACAGGCUUGCCUCCAGAAGAGACUACAGCGGUAUCCUUUCAGGAGAACCCACCAGCAUCUACUGCUUCAGAGGUGUCCUGGAUGGAGAUGGCCAGAGAGAAGACCAGAAGUCUCCAGCAGCUCUUUACCAGUAGACUGCCUGAGUUUCCUAGCUUGCAAUCUCGUUCAACAACUUUGACUACAACACAACCACAAACCCAAACAUCCACUUCACAAGCCAACCCAAGAAUCACACAGAACAUUUCAAGCCAGCCGACGACUACACAACCUAUUUUGAGACCUACAGAAACAAAACCGCUGCCAUCUCCACAGCAUUCUGGAAAAUCCACACAAUCUGCCACUCAGUUGAUGCAAACUCAGACUAGAACAACAACAAACCAAACUUCAGCAAAUUCAAAUCAGACUCAGACUGACAGUACCAGAGAAGUCCAGUUUCAGUCCAACACUCAAAUGUUUAAUUCAACAACAAAACCAACCCAGUCUACAGUAACAUGCACAUUGAAUGUGCAAACCACUGCAGUAAACACAGCAAAUCAGCCAUCACAAGCAUUGGCACCACAGACACCACCCAUCCAGCCAUCAUCACCACUGCGAGCAGCAUCACAGACCCCCACACAAGCUAUACUGCGUCCCACAGCACCCCCAGGUUACCCAUAUCUGUCGUCAAGCCCAAAGUUAACGUCCCAACAGUCUGCCAAUACUGUCUCAAAGGAUCAGCCUCAGAAUGAGGGGGGAGAGCCCAGUGUAAUCUCAGGGAAAGCUGACAGGGCGUCUGCGUCUCAGGGGAUAGGGACCGGGCCUGAAGAUGGCAGACCAGUGUGGGCAGCAGGAUUAGGAAACAAGACCUCGCUCUUACAGCGCUGGGAGAACCAAACAACUGCUGCAACCAAGACAGGUGAGUCGAAGUCCACAGCAGAGUCCCAAACCACAUCUCAAUCUACAGCUCCUCUCAGACCGAUCUCAAAGCUCUCAGGCACAGGAUUCGACUCAAGUUUGCCAAUGCAAGCAUCAGUCUCUCCUGUUCCCACGAGGUCAGCAGACAGAGAGGAUAAAUGGCAGCAGCAAUCAGAGCCACCAUCAUCGCCUUCAUCAUCACCUUCAUCAUCAUCUCCUCUGCAGUCUGUCCGUGACGCUGCCCAACCAUCCUGGAUGGAGCUGGCCAAGAGGAAAUCCCUGGCAUGGAGUGAUAAGACUAUGGACUAAAAAAAAACAUAGACAUGGAAGAAAAGUGCAAAAAAAAAAAAAAAAAAUUCAGAGUUGGAUGCUGAGGUUGGAGGAUCAUCUGAGGGCAUUUUCAAGCUAGCGUCUCCUGAAGUUGAGGUUUGCUUCAUGUGAACUUCAGCAGACUUUGAAGUGGAUGUUAAAGCAGUGUGUUCUGGAAGUGAACAUGUAUGCACAGUGCUUAUGUAUAUUAUUGAGGGAAAGUUGUACAUUCAUCAGUCAGUAAACCUCCUAAUUGUGUUUGUCUUCUAAAACCUCAUGUGAGCUGCUUGCGUUCUCUCCAUGUGAAGUAUGAAUGUAUGCACAGCAGAUGGGUACCAACGAAACAAAGAUGAGAUGUUAAUACUGUGAGAUUAAAGUCAUGUUCUCUUGCAACACUGGCUAACAGCUGCUGUAUUUUGUAAAUGCACCACAGUGCAGCACAACAGAACUGAGUGAGAACGUAGAUCAGAGAUGGAAGGGGAGCGAAACAAAUUCAUGUUGAGACUCAAUCAAAAGCACCCUGAGUGAGAUCUCAGGAAGAGAACAAGAUGUAUUUUACCUACUCACACGUGUGCAGACACACAAAAACAAUAACGGUCUCCCAUGUAAUAUUUUGCAAUAUGUAAUGUUUCUCAGGUUUAACACAUUGUAUCAUUGUUUUCGUGUGAAAAUUAUUAAUAUGAUUAUUUCCUUUCCAAUGACAAAUUUUAUUUAUUUGCAUGAAUUAUAUCUAAGAAUUUGUAUGUAUUGUGACAUUAUAUCACCUGUUGAUUUUCUGACACGUAUUAGAUUUGAAGAUUUCUGUUCAUUUCUGUUAAAUGUUAAAUUAUGUGACUGUAAGAAUAUUUCAAAUUACUUGGAACUUGCUUUUGAAAAUACCAACUCAACUUCCUUCACCAAUAAAUUAAUCUCACU